AUGGAGUGCCCGCUGGAGAACAGCCAAUACCAGCUCUGUGGAACAGCCUGCCCAGCCACGUGUGUGGACCAGUCAGCCCCCAGCAGCUGCCAAGACCCCUGCGUGGAAAGUUGCCAGUGCAAGGAUGGUUUUGUGCUGAGCCAGGGCAAAUGCAUCCCCAAGGGCAGCUGUGGGUGCCUGUUUGAGGGGCGCCCCUAUGCCCCCAAUGAGAGUUUCUGGGUUGAUGAGGCAUGUGGGACACGGUGCAUGUGCAACGCAGCCACUAGACAAGUCGAAUGCGCGGCCGCUACAUGCAAACACUCAGAGAGGUGCGGGCUAGUGAACGGCGUACGAGGCUGUUACCCCUCCAGCUACGCCACCUGCUCUGUGACAAGGAAUCUGCACUACACCACCUUUGAUGGACAGAGAUACGACUUCCAAGGCACCUGCCGCUACCAGCUCACUAUCCUUUGCAAGAAGGCAGAGGGACUGGUGGACUUUGAAGUCUACUUCCAGGAAAGCAAUACUGCUCCUGUGCAGAUCAAGGUCUAUGAGACCGACAUCAGGGUCAGCAAUCAAUUCCCUGGCAAAAUCAUGGUGAACAGUUUCCUGAUUACCCUUCCCUUCAACCUCGAUGAUAACAAAAUCACUAUGUAUAGAAAGGGCUGGGCCACAGUGAUCCAGACAGACUUUGGUCUCACCAUUACCUAUGCCGGGUGGUCUGGACGUACCACGAUCACUCUGCCAGUUACCUACGCAGGAGCUGUGUGUGGUCUGUGUGGCAACUUCAACAGGGACAGGGAGGACGACAUGCUCAUGAGGGAUGGCACGCUGGCACCAAGCCCAGUCAGCUUUGGCCAGAGCUGGAAGGUGGGCGACCUCCCAGGAUGCUCUGCAGUAACGAUACCCCCAUGCGCAAGCGUAGAGGCUAUUGAAAAACAACAACGAGGUAGCAGAGGGCAGUGUGGGCUCAUCCUCCACAAGAGUGGCCCUUUCAGAGGAUGUCACAGCAAAGUGGACCCCCAUGGAUACUUUGUAGACUGCGUGUACGGCUAUUGCGUCCUCAGUGGGCGGGAGAGUAACAUCUGCCAGGCCGUUGCUGGCUAUUCUGAGGCAUGUCAGGAAGCUGGAGCUAUGGUGCGUCCCUGGAGGACUACGAAAUUCUGCUCUCCAUCCUGUCCCCCGAACAGUCACUACGAAUUCUGCAGCAGCAGCUGCGAUCUGACAUGCAGCAACCUCUAUGCCCCGGUGCAAUGCACGACCCAGUGUAAGGAAGGCUGCGUGUGUGACGAGGGCUUUGUUCUCAGUGGCGACAGCUGCGUCCCCAUUUCCCAGUGCGGAUGCCUCCACAGGGGACUUUACUACCAGGCCGGGGAGACCUUCCACCCGAGCGGUUCGUGCGAGGAGCAGUGCGUGUGUCUGGCUGGUGGGGAGGUUGUGUGUAAGGCAUUCUCCUGCGGCACUGGUGAGGAAUGCGGGGUGGUGGACGGCAUCCAGAAAUGCCACCCAUUUGGAUCUGCGACCUGUUCUGCCUCUGGCCAUCCCCACUACCUCUCUUUCGACGGGGUCCCCUUUGACUUCCAAGGCACCUGCACCUACAUCCUGGCCAAGACCUGCACUGAUGCCAGUGACCUUACACCAUUCUCUAUCAGCAUAGAGAAAGAAGAUUGGGGCACCAGGAACAUGUCCAUGGCCAAGCUGGUGUCCAUUAAGGUGUAUGGGAUCACACUCACCCUACUGCAAAACAAACAAGGGCUCAUCAUGGUGAAUGGAGUGUCCCACAACCUCCCAGUGAUCGUGGCUGAUGGGCAACUUAGAGCAUAUCAACAUGGCACAAACAUUCUGGUGCAAACCAACUUCGGCCUCACUGUGAGCUACGACCUGGUUUACCAGGCCAGGGUCACCAUCCCAGGAAGCUACGAGGGCCAGACGUGCGGCCUGUGCGGGAACUACAAUGGACGAGAAGACGAGGAGUUCCUGCUCCCCAAUGGCAGGACAGCCCCUGAUGAGACAGCAUUUGGCUCUGCUUGGGAAGUCGAGAUCCCAGGAGCAUCCUGUACAGACAGAUGUGCUGGAAACAGCUGUCCAGUUUGCGAAGAGAAGAAGAAGGACGUCUUCAAAGGGCGCAACUACUGUGGGCUGCUCACAGACUCCGACGGCCCCUUCGCAGCCUGCCACAGCGCGGUCAGCCCCAGCGUGUAUCUGAGCAACUGCCUGUAUGAUGUGUGCCUGGGAAACGGGGACUCCCAGGUCCUGUGCCAGAGUAUCCACAGCUACGUGACGGCCUGCCAAGAGGCCGGGGCCCCCAUCCAGCCCUGGAGGAGCGCCUCCUUCUGCCGUAAGUGCGCGGACAAUGUAGGAGCUCUGGGACGCAGUGGGAGGAGGGGGGGGGGGGUCAAUAUUGCUGAGCAUCUUGUUCCAGGCCUCUGGGCUUCUUCUGGAACUCUUCUCGGUGGGAACCAACAAUCUCAUGUUCCCUUCUAA